AUGGCGUGGGCACUUAUCGGCAGAGGUCCACAGCGGCUGAUGGCGACGAUGGCGGAGGAGGAGAAGGAGGAGGAGGAUUUCACAGAUUAUGAGGUGAAAACGACUAGAUCCAACGGAAAUUCUUCCAAGAGAGAUGCACACAGAUCAAGAAUGUCCCCGGGAACGAGGAGUGGCAGAGAGGAGGGAAAGCUGGACGGGGGGGUACAGGAGCAUGUAGAGCGAGCAGAAACGCCGAGAACGCAUGAAAACGACGAUGGCAUUGACUACAAAGCUCAGGAAAGGUCCGCUGGAAUCGACAGGAGAACAUCUAGCAGCCACGGGAACUCGGUUCUGAAGGGAGAGAUAGUUUCUAAGUACGCAAGGUUUCUGGCUCUCAGAGACUUGCAACGGAUGAGCGAAGAGCAAGCAGCGAGACGGAUGGUGGUAUCAUUGAAAGUGAAGAGCCAAGAGGACGUUCCUGCACUUGCUGCCUUCCUAGCGCGAAAAGAACAGAAGUUGAAAGAAGUGAUGGUCGAAGCAACGUCACUCGACUUUGUAAAGACUCUGGAGGUUUCAGGACAAGUUGUAUCCAAGCCGCUUGUCCAUGCUCCAACGUCUGGACAUGCCGUGAAGGAGAAGGGGUUCUACUUCAACGACGACCAACUACCGACAUGCUUGUCUGUGAGCGGAGGGACUGCCGUCUGUCAGCGAUGCUCCUUCAGCAACGCGAAUGGCGAUGGCAUCCUCGUGACGGCAAAGGGGGGAGUCGAGCUCGACGACUGCGAUGUCCAGAGCUGCGGGAGAUUUGGAGCUAUGGUGCUAGGGGAGGCAAAGCUGCUGGGCAGCAACGUGAGACUGCGAGGCAACGGAGGCAGUGGAUGUCUCGUCAAGGGUCUUGGCUCCUCCUGCGAAUUCUCCUCCUCCUCCUUCCAUAACAACAUGCGUGGAGGUCUCCUGCUUCAGGAAGGAGCCACCGCCGUGCUGGAGUCCAGCUCAGUCUUGGAGAACGGAGAGUCUGGCAUCCACCUGAAGUCGAGCUCGCACUGCAAGCUCUUCUCUUGCUCUGUCGGACGCAAUCGACUUCACGGAGUCUUCGCCAUUGGCACAGCAGGGGAGCAGCAGGCGCGAGAAGAUCCGCUCCUGCAGAUGAGAGGGUGGAGGCCAAUGGAGCAGCAAAGACGGGCCAGUAGAAACUUCACCAGCGUGAGGAUGGAGGACGUGCGACUUGAGGACAACGGAGGAGACGGCGUGAGGGCGGAGGGCCUCGCCUCCUCCUGCCUCCUCAAGUCAUGUCAACUCCUCGUGAACUCAAGAAGCGGAGCUGCCGCCUCUGCUGGUGGCAGCAUCUGCCUGCUCUCCUGCUCUGUGCGAGGCAACAGGGAGAUCGGGCUUGUGGCGUCUGGCAAGGGAGCGAGGCUGCUCUGCUCCCAUGUGGAGAUCGCUGGGAGCAGCAUGGGAGUGCUGUGCUCUGCUGCGAAGGUUGAGCUCGUGAGCUCAAGGUGCGGCAAGAGUCGCGUGAAAGACUUGGAGCAGACCGGAGGAGGGGAGAUAUCAUUCCAUGCAGGAGAAGAGCUGCGAGGCUGGAUGGAGCACGAGGAAGGAGCUCCGGUCCCAGGGAAGGAGGACAUGGCAUGGCUGAAGGAGGUGAGGGAAAUGCUGCCAACUAACUCGUGGAGAACUUGGCAUGGAUUCUAA